GUGGCGACCAGGCUGAGCCGCCGGCGGAUCUCGUGCCGGGACCUGGGCUGGGUGGACUGCGAUGGCUGGCUCCUGAAGAAGAAGGACCACGUGGGCUUCAUGGCCCAGAAGUGGAAGCGGUGCUGGGUUGUGCUGAAGGGCCACACGCUCUUCAGGUACCACCACCCCAACGAUGAGAAGGCUGCGGGACUCAUCAACGUGGCCACCUAUGACCUGGAGAGCACGAGGGAGCAGAAGAAAAAAUACGUGUUCCAGCUCUCCCAUCAGAGGUACAAGCCCUUCGUCUUCGCCGCAGAAACGCUUGCUGAUUUGAGCAUGUGGGUCAGUCACCUAAUAACAGCCAAAACAAAGUACACGCUGGCCCACCAGUCAGUCCCGGACAGAGAGGAAGACUGCUACAGCGAGACAGAAGCCGAGGACCCCGAGGACGAGUCCCCCAGGCAUGGAUGUGACUCGCCAAGGAAGAAGCUGCAAAAUGCCCCGGAGAAAGCCCAGCUCUUCCUGGCUAGCGAUCCUGCUGGGGAGGAUCUUGAGUGCCUGAUGCAGUGCCUGAAGCAGGGGGGGGUAUCCCUCAUCGGGCGGCAGCAGUUCCUGACGCAGGAGCAGUGCCGCAAGUCCUUCAUCCGGCGCAACAAGAACCCCCGCAUCAACGAGAAG